AUGGUACUCUCUGAAUUGGUACAUUUCUUGAGGCGACGAGUCCGCCCACCCGAACCUGAAUCUGAGCAUUGCUUGCUAGGCAGUGAGCCUACUUGUUGCUCCACCGCUAAGUUACCCUCACCACAACGACAGCACAUCGAUGCUUUACUGAAGCGGUUGAAGACAAAACUUGCUUGUGAACCUGAAGAUCGUGCUAGUGGAAUAGAUGAUGAAUGCUGUGUAUGUGUACAGCGGCGUGCAUCAGUUCGAGCCUUUCCUUGCAGUCAUAAAGUGUUCUGUCGGAACUGUGCUGUCCAAUUAAUUGAGCAUGCAAUCAACGAGAACAGAAUGCGGAUGAACUGCAUAAUUUGUCGCCGUGAUAUAGCAAGAUUGCAAUAUAGUCGACCAUCACGGUCUGCGCAAAUUCGUAAGCAGCAGGCUCUUGAUGAUAAUGACAGUAGGAACAGUAGUACUCCUGCCACUGCUACUUUUACAACUGUUCGUGUUUUGAAUAAUGCAAUUUGGCGUAGUCCCGAAGUUUUCUCCAAAUAUCCAUGUCACACUUUUUCGACGCCUAUUACCCUUUCGUCUUCUCAAUAA